GGGGGCUGCGGUGGUGAUCCUUGCGUGGCGGGGCCCGGGUGGGCUGCGGCGGGGGCGCCCUGGGCCUCCGCCCGACCCCCGCUGCGCGCCUGGACCACAGAGGCCCGUGCGUCCCGCAGCUCCUGCCGGCCAGCUCCGUGGGCCGCCCAGCAGACCCCUGUCCUGGCGACCCUGGGCGCCCAGAGGACAGCCGGGGGCGCGCCGUCCGGGGAUCGCGGCCGUGAGGCGACCUCCACCUCCGGUGCCCACGCGUGCCCGUCGCCUUUCCAGGCCGCCGAGCACAUGGCGUCGUCCCCCGGCGCGGACGCGACCCGCAGGCGGCGGGAGAAGCGCAGGCAGCUGGACGCGCGCCGCAGCAAGUGCCGCAUCCGCCUGGGCGGCCACAUGGAGCGCUGGUGCCUGCUCAAGGAGCGGCUGGGCUUCGCGCUGCACUCGCAGCUCGCCAAGUUCCUGCUGGACCGGUACACCUCUGCAGGCUGCGUGCUCUGCGCAGGUUCAGAUCCCGUGUCGCCCAAGGGCCUGCAGUACCUGGUGCUCCUGUCUCACACCCACAGUCGCGAGUGCAGCCUGGUGCCUGGCCUUCGGGGGCCCGGGGGCCAGGACGGCGGGCUUGUGUGGGAGUGCUCAGCAGGCCACACCUUCUCCUGGGGACCCUCUCUGGGCCCCUCCACUGCAGAGGAGUGCAAGCCGGCCUCCUUCCCACGCACCCCCCGGGGCGGGCAGGAGCCCACAGGUGUGGCAUCGGAGCAUGAAGACGGGCCGCCCAGGCUGGGGGGAACGCCAUCGGAGAGCUUUGCGCCCCCAGGAGAGGAGGAGGGUGAGGAGGCCGAGGAGGACGAAGAGAUGCUGAGUGACGCCAGCCCCUGGACCUACAGCUCCUCCCCAGAUGACAGUGACCCUGACGCCCCCAGUCCACGCCCUGCCCCUGUCAGCCACCUGCCGGGGGAAGGGGAGCCAGCCCCAGCCCCCCUUACUGCUCCGUCAUCAUUGGCAUCCACACUCGAUUCUGGAACUCCUGUGUCACAAGUCGGAGUACAAUCGGAGCCCGACAGGACCCCACAAGCAGCCCACCUAGCAGAGUCCCUGGCCAGCGCUAGAAGCCACUGGAGCCCAGCCUGGGACGCGGACACCUCACAGAUUGGUCCCAAGAGAGUUCGGAAAGCUGCCCGCAGGGAGCUCCUGCCUUGCGACUUCCCUGGCUGCGGGAAGAUCUUUUCCAACCGGCAGUACCUGAACCACCACAGGAAGUACCAGCACAUCCACCAGAAGUCCUUCUGCUGCCCCGAGCCGGCCUGCGGCAAGUCCUUCAACUUCAAGAAACACUUGAAGGAGCAUGUGAAGUUGCACAGCAACACCCGGGACUACAUCUGUGAGUUCUGUGCCCGGUCCUUCCGAACCAGCAGCAACCUGGUCAUCCACAGACGCAUCCACACGGGAGAGAAGCCCCUGCAGUGUGAGAUCUGUGGGUUCACCUGCCGCCAGAAGGCCUCGCUCAACUGGCACCGGCGCAAGCACGCCGAAACAGCAGCCUCCCUGCGCUUCCCCUGUGAGUUCUGUGGCAAGCGCUUCGAGAAGCCGGACAGCGUUGCUGCCCACUGCAGCAAAAGCCACCCAGCCGCAUCCCCGGCCCCCCAGGAUCUGUCCCGGCCUGGGCUAUGCGCUGCCCACUGUGCCCCCGAGCCUCCAGGCUCUGCUGAGGGACCCUCCCAGGCGCCAACCCUGCUUCCUCAGCAGUGAGCUCUUCUCUCAGCUCUGGGGAGCUGGACCCCUGGCACGGAAAGGGUCCAGGAGCAGAAGGCCCAGAAGAGCAGGCCAGUUGCCUGGUCCCCGAGGCCAAGGCCACAGUGAGAGCAGAGCAGGUGUGGCCUUGGUCUCCGGAAAGGACAGAAUAAAUGGCGUUGUACCUGG